CAACUAUCAUUUGCCUGGCGCACUCCUGGUCCCGUUACCCCCCCCUGUGGGCCGGGGGGGUCAUCCCGGCCCCCACCGGGCGGGCUACCGCUUUUGCAUCUCACCUGGGCGGCCCGAAGCAGUAGGAGAAAGGCUACCACGCGGUCUCAUCAAAAUGGCCGACUGCUGCACAGCAACUUCGCUGACUGAGACGGUAACCCCUCUGAGACGACACACACACAACCUGAGCUGUUAUCACAGGAGGUCCUUACGGGCCCUUGAGCCCCCACACAGCGACACUGGCACAUGCAUGCUGAGAGAUGACAGCCAGCACUACUACCACGUACCCGUGUCAAAGCGGCAAUACCCGAAGCGCACUCCGGGCCACAUCAGACCGAGCAAGCUCCAUCCACGAUCGGUGCUGAAAGAAUAA